AUGGGCCAGUGUUUCCACAAGGCCUGUGGUUCUUCCUAUAGACACAGCGUAAGGAGGAGUGACCUGUGUGAAGUCCUUUCCCUGCAGCACUGGAAGGGAGGAACUGCUGCUUAUCCGUGGGAAGAACUGUGGGAUGUAGCCACGUGUGACAGCAAAGUCUCCAGCACCCCCAAGGCCUCGCUGCAGAUUCAGAACAAAGUGGGCCACAUAAAAAGGAACCACACCUGCUCUGAGAUUCACUCUGGCAGUGCCAUUGGCGGCAGGGCUGCAGAGAGAGGCUGCAGGACCAUGGACAGCAGGAGUGCGCUGGUGGUUUACUCUGUGAACUUGGAGAAAAAGGAGAAUGCCGCUGCCCACCACACGUCGGAGUUCCAGACCCAGAAGCUGGUGCUCAGACGCGGACAGAUUUUCAACAUAAAGGUGGUGCUAAACAGACCUCUCCAACCUCAGGACGAACUGAAGCUGGUAUUUUCUACUGGAGAGAGAAUGUCACACUUCGUGGAGCUUGAUCCAAUGACAUCCUUCCGUUCUAAGGGCUGGCAGGUGAAAAUUACCAAACAGUCCGGCGGCGAGGUCACACUGGCUGUCAUCAGCGCUGCCGACGCCAUGGUGGGGAAGUAUUACCUGAAGGUGAAUGAGAGUAAAGGUGGAAUAUUCUUCCUUCUCUUCAACCCAUGGUGUGCAGAUGAUAGCGUUUACAUGCCUAGUGAGGAGGAGCGGGCAGAGUACAUCCUUAAUGAUACCGGCUACAUUUACAUGGGUUUCGCCAAACAAAUCAAAGAGAAGCCCUGGACCUUUGGUCAGUUUGAGAAGCACAUCCUGAAAUGCUGCUUCUCCCUGCUGACCCAUCUGGAGCCCAGUGAACUGCAGAGCCCGGUGAUUGUGUCCAGGACCAUCUGCACCAUGAUGUGUGCCGUGAAUAACGGCGUGCUGGUGGGGAACUGGUCGGGAGACUACAGCAAAGGCACCGCCCCCUACGUGUGGACCAGCAGCGUGCCCAUCCUGCAGCAGCACUUCAUCACCAAGGAGCCUGUGUGCUUUGGCCAGUGCUGGGUUUUCUCUGGGAUCCUGACCACAGCACUGAGAGCAGUGGGCAUCCCGGCUCGCAGCGUGACUAAUUUUGAGUCAGCCCACGAUACGGGGAAGAACCUCAUAGUAGACAUCUACCUGGAUGAAUCGGGCAAGACAAUUACACAUCUCACCAAAGACUCUGUCUGGAAUUUCCACGUGUGGACAGACGCCUGGAUGAAAAGACAGGAUCUACCCCAGGGCCAUGAUGGCUGGCAGGUCCUGGAUGCUACACCACAGGAGAUCAGCGAGGGAGGCUUCCGCACCGGGCCAUCUCCACUGAGCGCCAUCCGCCUGGGGAAGGUCGAAAUCCAGUACGACACCAAGUUUGUCUUCACCGAGGUCAACGGUGACAAGUUCAUCUGGCUGGUGAAGCAGAACCAAGGCAGGGAGAAGAACGUCCUUAUCGCCGUGGAGACUGCGAGCAUCGGCAAGAACAUCAGCACCAAGAUGGUGGGCGAGAACAAGCGGGAAGAUAUCACCUUGCAGUACAAGUUCCCAGAAGGCUCCCCAGAGGAGAGGAAGGCCAUGGAAAAGGCCGCCGGCAAGCACCCGGAUGAGGACAAACCCGGCCGUCGGCCAGUGAACAGCAUGCUUCAGAUCCAUGUCCUCCAGAAUUCUGUGGAGCUAGGCUAUCCUGUCACUUUGACCCUAGUGUUGAAAAGGAAAACGGCCACACCACAGAAUGUCAACAUUUCGUGCUCCCUCGACCUACAGACAUAUACAGGCAGCCAGAAGACAAACCUGGGAAUCAUCCAGAGGACGGUGCAGAUCCAAGGUCAAGAAUCAGAGGUGGUUCUCAGCAUGGAUGCUAACUCCUACAUCUACAAACUGGGCAUGGUUGACGAUGAGGUGGUCAUCAAAGGGUUCAUCAUCACAGAAAUAGUGGAGACUGGCGACAAGGUGGCCACCGACACGACCCUGUCGUUCCUGUACCCCGCCUUCUCUGUUGAGAUGCCGGACACGGGCAAGGUCAACUGGCCACUUCUCAUCACCUGCACCUUCAAGAACACCCUGCCCAUCCCUCUGACUAACAUCAGGUUCUCCGUGGAAAGCCUGGCCCUCUCGAACAUGCAGUCCUGGGAUCAAGGGACAGUGCCACCUGGACAGUCCAUCACUUUCCAAAUGAAGUGCACCCCAGUGAAAAGUGGACCCAAGAAAUUUAUUGUCAAGUUUACUUCCAGACAAGUGAAGGAGGUUCAUGCUGAGAAGAUCAUUCUCAUCACCAAGUAGCUCAGCUCAGACCAUGGAGAUGGAGGCAAGAGCCCUGAUUGGCUCUGAGCCUCUGCUAAGCAUGUUACCGUUUCCUAAAUUGUACUUAGUGUUCAGGUCAGGGAUGAUUGGAUUUAAUUACUUAGAGGAGGGCAGAUUCAAGAGCCAGCCCAGCAAAAGACAGAGCUCAAGGGCCAGUGUAACCUCAGGCAGUAGCUCCAUGGGACCAGGGCACCUCUGCAGCUCUGAAUACACAUCACAGACAUCUCAAACACACAUCGAGGAGUCACGGCCUCGGGUUUAGACCCAUAGACAGAACUCAGAGCUGCUAUUCAGUGCGGCUGAAGUGCUGGAGGCAUCUUCCAUUUGGGCAUCAGAUUCUGUCAGGUCCAGGGGUGCCUAGAGGUGAGCUGAGACCCCUGCAGGAAAGCAUCCUGGAGCUGGUCCUGGCAUGUCCUCUCAGAAGCAGGGCCCGCGCUGGCGUGAGGCCCUCUUGCCUCUGGGUGGGACAGGGGAGGAGACCCCACAGCCUGCAUCCCCUCCGAGGAGGAGUCUAUGGCCACUGGUAACAUCUGCUCUGCUCACUGGAGUCUGUGCUCUGCUCUGCCCUCCAGGGAUCUUCUCGAUGAUCACUAUGCUUUGAAUUAAACUGCUGACUUUAAGAUGGCUGUGUCCUCCUGAGUGAAUUUUCCUGUUAUGUCAGCAUGCUGACCUCCUUGGUCUGGGCUGUCUUCACGAUGGCCAGCCUCGGUCAAGGGCUACAAUUUCUAAGUGGACAUAUACUCCAGAGAGGUGCAGUAGACCGAAUGAGGGGUAUUUGUGUAUUCUGAGGACACUUUGUCUGAUAAAACACUGUGACCAAAUGCAACCUGGGGAGGAGAGAGCUGAUGCCAUCUAACUUCAGGUAGCGUUCAGUUUCUGAGGGCAGUCAGGGCAGGAGCCUGGAGGCCAGAGCAGUGCUGCUUACUGGCUUGCUCCUCAAGGUUUGCCCAUCUGUUGUUUCUUACACCAGCCCAGGGGUGGUGUAGUGAAUUCUAGUUGGUCUUAAUAAUAAAAACUCAGGGUCAGAUACGGGGGUAUAUGUUGAAAGAUCAGAGAGACAAAGGAGCAAGCCAGAGACAGCCACGUCAUACCCAAAGGGGCUGAGCAUCUCUCUCUAAGCAGCCAUAUCACUUCCUGUUUCCUCCACCCUGGUGCUGGGAGUAAAGUCGUGUGCCUCCACUGCCUGGCCUCUAUGGUUAACUAGCGGCUGGCUCGGCAUUCUCAUCUCCAGACGAGCUUUAGUUAGAGCACAAACAAAAUAUCACCAGAGUGGCAGCACCCACAACGGGCCAGGCCUCCUACAUCAGUCAUCAAUCAAGAAAAUAUAUUACAUACUUGCUUACAGGUCAUUUUGUUUGAGAGGGUUUCUCUGUUUAACAGUCCUAGCUGUCCUGGAACUCACUUUGUAGACCAAAUUGGUCUCGGUCUCACUGAGAUCACCCUGCCUCUUUUUCCCAAGUGCUGGGAUGAGAAAAAAAAUGCGCAUCACCACCGCACUUACAGGCCAAUCUUACGGAGGCAUUUCCUCAAUUGACUUUAGCCUGUGCCAAGCUGACAGAAAACUAGCCAGAGCACUGUCAGCAUCUCACCUUCAUUUGUUCAGAACUAGAAAACCUCAGUCCUGAUUCCUUCUGCUUAUCUGUCCACCUCCCUGGGAUGCAGCAGGUGUCUGCAUGUACUUGUGGGGUGACCAGUUAGUAACCCCAUGAAGCCACUGUUAAUGUCUGUAUGACACUUGUUGGGCCUGAGAGGAAGGAUGCUGUCUAGGGCUUUAGGUUGCUAAAAACAGGCACCUCUAACUACAGAGGUAGAUCAGACGAGAGGCAGGUGUGUAGCCCGUCUCCCUCCCAGAAACACUGGGCCUCUUCUUAUCAGCUGCACUACUGAGCAGACUCUCGGGAAUCACCAAGGAGAGAAGGCCACUGUGUCUGUCCUAGUGGGAAGGCACAAGACUCAAGACUGAGCAGACUGCUGCCUACAUGAUCCUGGCUGUCCAUCUCUCCUUGGGAGAGAUGCAGCUGAAGCCCUAACAUGAUUAAUGGGUUUGCUGAGGAAGGAGGAGGAGCUAGCUCUAAACCUGUGGGAGCAGAUGCCUGCCCACCUCAACUCUUCUAGGGGAGUACUCUGGAAACGGAUGGCUGUGGGGCUGGGAGGAAGCUGUGCUGCUAGUCAAGCUGGCUCCAGGAAAGAUGGGCUUCAGCCCCAGUGUGCAUGGACAUCCUCGAGGUCCUGGACUCAGCACAGACACUGACUCUAAAGCUCCUUCCUUUUUAAAACUGCUGCUCGUUGGGGACCCAGUCACUAGCCCUUCUUUCUCCUUGGUGUGGAGUCUCUGAUAGGUCAUCCAGGGGUUAGGGCUCCUGCAGCCAGAGGACCACUCUCUCCAAACAGUAUCAGCAGUAAAACCAACUUGGGCUAGGAUGUUAGUACAGAUAAACGUUAAAACACAUCUGCUCAGAAGAGAUGCACCUGCAGUGGGGGUGGGGUAGGGCACAGUUGUUAAUGCUGGAUCCCUGCUGCUACUCUGUGGGGUGAACCGUAGGAUCUGACGGAACUCCACCCUCCAGGGACUACCCCCAGCCUCCCACAGCCUUCCUUUCUCAGUGUCCUCAAAUAAAACCGACUCUGUCAGGCAGUGGUGGCGCUUGCCUUUAAUCCCAGCACUGGGGAGGCAGAGGC